GCCAAGUGAUAAACAGACACAGGCGUGUGGUAGAUUUGGGGUUUUUCAGCACGAAUAGGGUAGCUGGCUUUUGCUUAGUUAAAGGCAUCAAUUAACUUCCGUGAUCAUUAUGGGAAUGCUGGCGUGAGGCCUUCAGGAGACGAUGGAGAAAAGAUGGACUUACUAUGUUGUCUGUACCAUUAUCCAGAUACACUUUGUGAGGGGAGUAUUGGAAGAAUCAUCCAAUGCAGAAGAAGACAUUUAUGUCUUACCUGGCUCUGAUGUCAACCUGACUUGCCAAGCACACAAGAAAAGCUUCUUGGUGCAGAUACAGUGGUCCAGGCUCACCGAUAAGAUGGACCUGAUUGCCCUUUAUCAUCCCACUCAUGGCUUCUACUGUGCCAACCAGAGUCCCUGUGAGUCACUGGUGGCUUUCAGAGAAACUCCUGAGAAUGUGUCAGAGUGGACUCUGCACUUAAGGAACAUAUCCUCCUCAGUCACUGGAAAGUAUAAAUGUAGCUUCACUCUGUAUCCAGAGGGCAUUCACACGAAAAUCUACAACCUGUUCCUUCAGGCAGAUGUUACACAGGAUGAAUGGAGAAGCAGCCGUACAAUAGAAAUAGAGAUAAAUCGGACUCUGGAAAUACCAUGCUUUCAAAAUAUCUCCUUAGAAAUUUCACCUAAGCUCAACUUUUCUUGGCUGGUGGAGGGUAAUGGAACGCAGGAAACACUUAUCACCCAAGAUCACCCCAUCAGCAGUUCCACAUUUUUUAAAGACAGAGUCAAGCUGGGUGCAAACUACACACUCCACCUCUCUCCAGUCCACAUCCACGACGAUGACCAGAAGUUCUCUUGCCACAUUGUAGUCAGGCCUGGCAAAAUCUUGGCGAGCUCCACCACGGUCAAGGUUUUCGCUAAGCCAGAAAUUCCCAUGAUUGUGGAAAAUAAUUCCAUGGAUGUCCUUGGAAAGAGAAUAUUUACCUGCUUACUGAAGAACGUAUUUCCAACAGCAAAUCUCACAUGGUUUAUAGAGAGAAACCUCCUUCAAGGUGAAAGAAAAGAAAUAUACAUUGCUAAUGAAGAGAGAAAAGACAAAGGUGGAUUUUUGGAACUGAAGUCUGUUUUGACAAGCUUGUAUGAUAAUAAACCAGCCCAAUCAGAUAACCUGACCAUCUGGUGUAUGGCUCUGUCUCCGGUCCCUGGAAACAAAGUGUGGAAUAACUCAUCUGAAAAGAUCACAUUUUCCUUGGGCUCAGUGAACCCUCCAACAGAGCCUCUGCUCAGUACUGCAGAAGUUACUCUUGGCAUCCACCCUUCUCCAGCCCACAGCACAUCUCCUGCAAGAUAUGCAGCCCCACCUUCAACAGCCUUUGUAGAUGUGAGUACAUCGACUCCAGAAGUCACCCCUCAAAGUGCUCAAACCAGUGAUUCCACCGUGACUACCCGAGGCUUCAAUUACUCCCAGACUUCCAGUGGGAAAGACCCCAAAUAUUCUUCGUGGAUGCCCAGUGAAACAUACAGUCCAUCCUCCUUGGGUGCAAGCUCAACAAUUCAUGGUGACAUCUUCACCAACACAACCGUAGCAUUUUCAGAAGUUCCCACAACUGCCAAUGGAUCUACUGAAAAUAAUCACAUGCAUAUCCCUGGGAUUGUAGUCAAUAAGCCCAAAGAUGGAAUGUCCUGGCCAGUGAUUGUAGCAGCUUUGCUUUUUUCCUGUCUCGUACUGUUUGGUCUUGGAGUGAGAAAAUGGUGUCAAUACCAAAAAGAAAUCAUGGAACGACCCCCGCCUUUCAAGCCACCUCCACCUCCCAUCAAGUAUGUUUGCAUUCAAGAGCCCAUUGGAAGUGAUCUGCCUUGUCACGAGAUGGAGACACUCUAGUCCUUUGAGACUUUGCCACACAGCAGAACUCUGCUAGAAUCUUAUUGAAAAAGUGUAUAUUGUGCUUUAUUAAUGUAAUCGCCCUCUAGCCAAGCCUCCCCUGCAGCUGAAAUGGAUGUCAGAAGUGAAUGACCUGUUUUCCCCAGCAACUCACCAUCUUUCAUCUGCAUAUGCCUGAAAUUUAAACAAGAGUCUAUGUGAAGCUGACACCAGUUGUGAUCUAUAGGGAUUUUCUUGCUCGUGUAACAAGUGCAGAGUCGGCUGCUGUCAUUAAAAAAAUACUUGCAGUGGUUUUAUUUUUCAUGUUAAUUUUCUGAUUGAGGUGAUGACAGUGGUUUCAAGCUUAUGCCCAUACCAGAUCCUGUUUUCUUAAAGCAUCUGCCGGCAUUCGACACCAUUCAUCAAAAUUAUGAUAAUCUCUAAGGUUUGUUGCAUUCCCUAUAAAAAUUACAAAAGAAGAAAAUGUGAAAGUUCAAAUUCUAGAUAAUGGGAAAGUGCAGCUAGUCUUUGUAUGAAAUUCAGUUGUUUAUUUUCAGUGGAGGAAAACAGAAUUCUUUUUGCACAAGAACCCCAGUUCCCAUCCUCACUCUUCUUCCAUCCUCUCAGCCCAGGCUCCUGCCCAUGGAAUGAAGAGGGAGAACAGGCCACCUGGCCUAGAAGAUAAAACACUCCAUUGGCCUCUAGAAUUUGAGCUAAGAAUGGUUUCAUUCUUGGCUUUACUUCUGUGUGUGUGUGUGUGUGCAUCAGACUAUUGGCAAACUUGUAUACAUAAACAGGCAGCCUAAUCCCAACCCAACUCAUUCAGGUCCAGUUAUACUCAUUUUCAUCUGGGGACUUCCCUGCUCCUCCAAUCUGCCUAUUUGGAUCUUUCCUUAAACAAAUAAAGAGCCUCAAAUCAGA